AGGAGAAGCGCCUCGGCAUCCCCGUCGGCAUGCUGAACGACCGGGAGAAGGUGAGCAUGCCAGGCUCCGAGCACGGCUUCAUUAAUUUCCUGGUGGCUCCUCUGCUAACCAGCUUCGUGCGCAUCUUCCCAACGAUCUUCCCGCUGGCGGAGCAGAUGACGUGCAACUUGGAGUCGUGGAGGAUGCAUUGUUCAGGCCGACCCCAGCUUGGAGGACAGAGCCAAGCGGGAGUCCGACAUCCAGGCGGUGAAGGACACCGUCAUGAAAUUACGCCCACCUACAUUAUCUCCGAGAUUAACCGACCAAGAGGGGUCUUCGCAUCACGGGGGACGCGCUGUACCAAGGAGAUCAGUCUCGGGCGGCGACGAAGACGUUAACCCGCCUGAGCCAAUUACGCGGAUAAAUUUCAUACGGAGGAUCUCACAAAGUUAGAAGGCGCAGUUCGGAAUGUUCUUCUCGCAGGUGAUGCGCAUCACAGAUACGAACUCCCACCACGAGGAGAUGUGUCAAAAUUAGCCAUUGCAGUGUCACUGUUCAAGCAGUGCUUCCAUGUGCUCGCGAGUCUGUAGCUGGUGGCUGGAUGUAGUCCUGCCGUGUUUCAAGAUACAGUUGGCGAUGACCGAAGCAAGAAUGUGUCUAUGUACGAUCGUAAACAAAAUAUGUGAUAUUGGGAGGGCGAUCGAUCGCGGAAGCGGCCUGGGCCCUCCAACGGCGGCGGCGGGGGCCGCGCGGCUGGAGGCUGCCCCACCUCCCGGGCUGGGCCCGACGGAGGUCGAGGAGACGGCGGCGGCCGCGGCGCGCGUGCACAAUCUCGCCCUGGUGUGCGCGCUGGCGCGGGCUGGCGGCCGCGCUGCCGAAGCAGAGCUGGCUGCCUUGCUGCACGUCCGCACCGGGGGAAAGCGCCGGUAGCUGCAGCUGCGCCGCGCUCAGCCGCCCGCUUGGCCCAGAGCUCGUGGAACUCACGGGCCACAUGGCGGCCGGCAUCGGCGCGGCCAGGUAACCGAGGCGGGCGGCAGGUCGCCGCGGCCGUGGGCUGCUGGGCCUGGGCGGGGCUGCAGUGGGCGCGGGCGCCCCCCGCGGGUCCCCACCCCUCCCCUCCCGCCUCCCAUCCCCUGCGCCGCUUCUGUCGUCUUCGUCGUCGUCGGUCGUUUCGUCUGCCGUGUCGUCGCCACUGGGCUCUGUCUGCGCUGGUUAAAAAAGUGCGCGCGUGCUUUCGUUUACAUAUGGACACUGUCGGGAAGUCCAUCCGAUGCCCA